UAAUCGCUCAUUAAAAAUGGUAUUAGUUAUUUCAAAUAAUGGUAAGCUGAAUAUAUUUUAUUUUUCUGAUCAAAAUGAAUAUCAAUGUGAUAGGAUUAAUGAUUUUAGUGUUUAAUCAGAACUGUGAAUUGGUAUAUACUGACUCAGUGUUACCCACUCACGCUCAGCAAGUGAAUUUACUCACAAGCGUAGAAGAACUGUUUGAACAAGUCAAGUAUGCCUCAAAAACUGAACAAGAAACAAUGAAUGAUUCGAUCAAAUCAGACAUUCAAAUGACAUUAAAAUGGAGUCAGUUCCUCAUUGGUAGUCUUAGAGAUCUCUAUCUGUUAAAAUUGACAUCGAACAGUAAUUCAGUAUGUUCAAUAGACGAAAAAGAAUCUAUGGUGCAGAUUUCCCAAAAUGCAGCAAAAAACCUAGAUAAUUGCACCAAUCAAGAACUGGGAACGAUAAAUUCGAAUUCGGAUCUUUUAUCGAACAUUACUGAUUCAGCUGUAGAAAAUGCUGAAGGAUUUUUGGACAAACUGAAAAGCUGCAGCAGUAAAAAAGGAUUUACCGUUAUAGCUUGUUACAAGAAGAUAAUAGACAACGAUGUGACACCUGUCAAAUUGAUUCUGUCUCAAUCGAUAGAGGAUCAUAAAGAAAGCUAUAUCAGAGCAUUCCAGAUUAAAUCUUUGGUAAAUAAUUGUGUGGAUUUUGUGUUGGAUGAUGCUAGGAGGAACUUAGAGGUUGCUUAUGACAGAGGAAUGUAUUGCAACUGAAAUAAGUUAUUUUGGAGAUUUUUAAGAUAUUAAAUUACAGCAGAUGCCAAAGCGAAUGGCGACAUGUUACAUAAGGAUAGAGAUUAUUUUUUAAUGUCUUAUUUAGCUGUCACCUUUUUAUUUUUUGUACCCUUAUCUUAUUUACACCCUGUAUAAUUUUAUUUUCCGAAAAAAGGAUUCAAAUUACUUUUUUGCACAAU